UUCAAUUAUGUUUCGAAUAAAUUGCCAAAUCAAUUCCAAUAAAAGCACUACGAAAGCCAAAGUAAACAUUGAUCCACCAACGAACCAAACGUACUCCAAAUCCUGUAGUUGCAUGGGACGAAAUACUUUUGGUUUACCCAAGUCCAAAAGACUCAAUUUGCCUGCCUCAAUCAUCUCUGUAAAGGCCAUGCGCUUCCAAUGUUCCAAUAGUCCCAUGGCCGUAAUCUCCGAUAUCAAACGUUCGAAUGGCUCUCGAAAGACACUAUUAUCGAUAAUGGGAAAUGCAAUGGGAAUGGUGUGAUAGAAGCAAAGAUUCUCCUGCAAGGUGAAAAGCGGUGAACUGAACACCUUCUGUUGUUCCGUAAUGAGAUUCCAUUUCUCCAGGGGCAUCAUAUAGCCGUAUUCAGUAUUGAAAGAGUCCCGCAGUUGUAGAAAUACUUCGUAGUUCGAUAUGAAUUUGAAAAUUGAAGAAUACUUAACAAUUGUCUCAGUGUAUUGAAGGAGCACUUGAUAUUCCGGUGUCCAGACGACAACUUUUGUCUUGGAAUUAAGAAUGCUCUCAUAGCUGGUGAACGGCGGAAGUCGUGGUGGACUUGUCACAUAGGUGGAGUAAUAUGAAUUGUACCAAGAUGUGAUCAGUAUGCCCAGUACACAGAUUUGCAGAUAAAUGGCCCGCACUAAGAUCGGAGGUCUAAAUGGCUCACUGAAAGUCUGUCCAAGGACUCCUCUGAAACAGGCAUCGUGCAAAAGAAACUGUGCCAAAUGAACGCGAAAGCCAUGAAGACGCAGAGCCACAGAAAGGGUCAUUGAAAUGACUAUCAUGGCGGCGAGGGUUAAUAGAAAAGCGGAAAGAUUGAAUACUUUGGCAUAGAGUUCACUUUGAGGCACCUGCGCCGGAACUGGCAUCAUCAGGCACCAGCUCAACAGCUCAAAGGGAUACAUAAAUCCUGUUAUAGGCAAGGAUGGUAGGGAAGCAGCUAAAGCAAAUUCUACGCUACCAUUACGCACCGCUCCAAUGACUUCUCGAGCUGGUGGAAUAGACGAUUCAUUUAACUCCCUUGGCUGAACCAAAUGGCAAUUGUACUUUUGCUCGAAACACGACAUUAGGUGACCCACAAGGCCGGCAUAGACCAAAUGACCAUUCGUCUGACGGCGAACAAUUAGGCGUGGGGUGGAGCCACCCACUACAAUGGGCAACUGAUAGCCGUUGAGGUCAUCCAAUCGGGGCUUAACUAUGCGAGUUGGAACCUCAUUGUCCAGGCGUCGUUCCACAAAUUGUAGCACAGGGAAUGGAUUCUGCUCUUUUAUGGCCAAUCCUGGCCCGUGUGAUUCUCAAAUCAAAAUGUAUGCCUAUGACCCAUCAAUUGAUAGCUGCAUGGAUUUUAUUUACAGCGGUUGUGGAGGUAAUCCCAAUCGUUUCGAAACCGAAAAGGAAUGUCAAACGGUUUGCAAUGCCGACAUCUUUAUUGAAGAAGAGAUAGUUUCUCUACCGCCAGGCAAAAGAAGAUUUGUUAUUGAAUUCAUAAAGCCCGAGCCACGAGACACUGAUCCAGAUCACACUUGUGCCAUAACAAAUCCCAUGUAAGAGUAUAUAGUUACCUCGAAGUUCUUGAAUAUAAUUAGCACAUUGAGUAGUCGAUGCUGCCAGGACCACUUAAGCAGAGUUUCCAUUAUUGAAUGAUCGUAGACCUUAUCCACUAUGAUUAACAAGGGUUGAGUAUUUAGCAUUUUAAGAUUUAAACGAAUCAAGUCCAGUAAGACUUGAUCCUCUUCAUCAUGGACACAAGCGAUGCUUAAUAAAUUCCUUUUGUGAUUGACUUGUAACUCAUAA